AUAGUAAUUUGAACCAGCAGUGUAUGGUCAAUUACAACGAAUAGAUAGUGUGAUCAACAGAGGUAGCAAAUGGAAGCCACAACAGUAAGGAGCUUCAUCGGUUUCACUCUUACUCCUUCUCUUCAACCGAGAAGAAGCUUUCAUACAACACUGGCUAAAAAGAAAGAUGUUCAAGACAACACUAACGAGUCUCAACCUUUUUUACCAUUGAGGAUUUCAAACUCAAAUCUUGCUCGUGCUGCCAUUGGAGUGUUUGGAUUAGGGUUCAUUGAUGCAGGGUAUAGCGGAGACUGGUCGAGGAUUGGAGUAAUUACACCUCAGAAUGAGGAAAUUCUAAGGCUUGCAGCUUUUCUAGUCGUUCCCAUUUGUGUCCUUUUCAUUUUUAGGGUUCCCAAAGAACUAGAUUAUUGAGCUUUUCAAAUACUAUAUGUAAAACAAAAACUGUGAGUUUUAAUUGUCAAUAGUUAUAUUUAUAUUCUUUAUCCUGUUCUCAUCAGUAUUAAAAAUUCAAUUGGUUGCGAAUUUACAUGAACCCAUGUAAAGAAAAUCAGCAAAAGUUUGAAAGAUGAAGCUCUUAUUUACCUGUUUUAUUCUGUG